AUCAAAAUACAAGCUUUUUGUUACGUAUAUUCAAGAUCACACGAGUAUAUCGUAUGCUAUGAUUAUUAUUCUCUGAAAGUUUACUCUUUUCAUAUACUACCAAAAUACCACAUAGACCAACGUGAGUGACCUCUUUUGAUUUGGUGUCUUUUUCUGUCACGUAUUAUUAUUCCUUCUCUCGCAAGGUGCUUAGGUAACAAGUAGUAGUAGUAGUAGUAUAGUAUCCACUGCCUUUUUUGGAAGAUUUGUUAAAUAGACACACACCCACUAGAAUUCUCACUUCUCAGAGGCCAAAUUGCGACCUUUUGCACUACCCUUUCUUCAAUCGGUGUCUUGUUGAUCAGAAAGGCAAACAACUCAUGGAAGAAGUACUCCCAGUGGAAAUGGAUUCCAAUACCCAGCAGCAGCAGAAGGUUAUUAGUGCUGAUGUUCUUUCGUUUGCCAGAAGCUAUCAACUUGAAGCAUUGGACAAUGCUAUCCGUGAGAAUACCAUUGUCUACUUGGAGACUGGUUCUGGCAAGACUUUGAUAGCCGUCAUGCUUCUUCGAAGCUAUGCUCAUCAUCUGCGAAAGCCUUCUCCUCAAAUUGCAGUGUUCUUGGUUCCCAAAGUUGUGUUGGUCUCUCAACAAGCCGAAGCCGUGAAAAAACACACUGAUUUAAAAGUGGGAUUGUAUUGGGGAGAUAUGGGAAUUGACUUCUGGGAUGCUGCUACCUGGAAACAGGAAGUACAGAAAUAUGAGGUGUUUGUCAUGACUCCUGCAAUAUUGCUGAAUUGCUUGAGGCAUAGCUUCUUGAAACUGAAUUUGAUAAAGGUUUUGAUAAUGGAUGAAUGCCAUCAUGCUAGGGGUAAACACCCUUAUGCUAGCAUCAUGACUGAGUUUUAUCAUCACCAAUUAAAUUCUGGUAUCUCUGACCUCCCUCGAAUUUUUGGGAUGACUGCAUCUCCAAUUAAGUCAAAAGUUGGAAAUUGUGAAUUAUCCUGGUCAGAGAAUAUUCGGAAACUAAUGACUCUAAUGCAUUCAAAGGUAUAUACAUGUGUAAGUGAAGCUGUCCUCACAGAGUUCAUACCAACAUCAACACCAAAAUUCAAGUUUUACCAGGGCAAUGAAGUUCAAUCUGUAUUAUUUGAAGAUUUAGCAUUUAAACUGAAGAUGUUAAAAGAGCAGCAUGAAUCCAAUCUAAAAAGUUCAGAUUUCACUAAAUCAGCAGCUGAGUUUGCACGAAGAAGAACAAAAAAGAUUUUUUCUGCUUUAAUAUUUUGCCUGGAUGAGCUUGGUGUUUGGUUGGCUUUGAAGGCUGCAGAAUCUUUAUCUUCUAAUGAUAUUCAAUUAUUUUCAUGGGGACAUUCUGGGGAUACAGUUGUUAAAAACUUUAUUUCAGCUGGUGUGCAAACACUCAAAACUUACUUACCAUGUGGUCCUCAGUGGUCAAUUGGUGACAAUAUUAAAUAUGAUGUGGAGAUGGAGCUGUUAUCCUCCAAAGUUUGCUGUCUUAUUGACUCUAUACUUGAGUACAGGGGUUUGACUGACAUGAGAUGCAUAAUUUUUGUGGAAAGGGUCAUUACAGCCGUUGUCCUUCGGGAUCUAUUAAAUACCUUGCUUCCAAAAUACAAUAGCUGGAAGACUAAAUUUAUUGCAGGACAAAAUUUUGGAUUGCAAAAUCAGUCUAGGAAAAAACAAAAUGAAAUCGUGGAAGAAUUUCGAAUGGGAUUGGUCAAUAUCAUUGUUGCAACAUCAAUUCUUGAAGAGGGUUUAGAUGUUGAAAGUUGCAAUUUAGUUAUUAGAUUUGAUCCAUGUCACACAGUGUGUAGUUUCAUACAGUCCCGAGGACGUGCCAGAAUGCAAAAUUCAGAUUAUAUAUUAAUGGUUAAGAGUGGGGAUUCAGUUACAUGUUCUCGACUAGCGAAAUACCUUGCUAGCGGGGAUAUUAUGAGAAAGGAGUCAUUGCGCCAUUCUUCCCUUCCAUGUGAUCCUCUUGAAGAAGAUAGAUUUGACAAGGAAACUUAUCGCGUUGCAAGCACUGAAGCCUUUGCAAAUCUUAGUUCUAGCAUUAGUUUGAUACACUUGUAUUGCUCACGGCUCCCUGCAGAUGGGUACUUUAAACCAACUCUGAGGUGGGACAAAGAGACUGGAACAUUGUAUCUUCCCAAGAGCUGCCCUCUACAGCCUAUUCGUGUAGAAGGAGAUAAAAAAAUCUUAAAGAAUAUCGCAUGCCUUGAAGCAUGUAAACAACUUCAUAAGAUUGGAGCUUUGUCAGAUAAUCUUGUUCCUGAUAUUGUCAUGGAAGAAGCAGAGGUGGAGGAAUUAGGGAAUGAACCUUAUGAUGAAAACCAACCAACUUUUGUCCCAUUUGGAUUGGUAAAUUCUGUGUCAAAUAAUAGUCAAACGGUCUAUCAUUGUUAUUUCAUGGAAUUCAAUAACAAAUUUAGCUAUGAUGUAUCUGUCCAAGAUAUUUUUCUUCUCAUGCGAAUUGAGCUCGAUCCAGAAAUUGGAUGCAUGCAAUUUGAUAUGGGUUUUGACAGAGGUAGCUUGUCGGUAAACUUUAGAUACAAAGGAACCAUUAAUCUUUCGCCUGAUCAGGUUCUUUUGUGUAAAAAAUUCCAAGUUACUAUACUUAGAAUUCUAAUAGAUCAUGAUAUGAAUAAGUUGACUGCUGGUUUGGACAGAUGCUAUUUGGAAGAUGAUCUUGAGAUUGAUUAUCUUCUGCUUCCAGCUAUGGGUAAAGGGAAAUAUACAGCUAUUAAUUGGUUAGCUGUUAAUUCUGUAAAUCCAUCUGAAGUUAGCUGUAAGUAUCAUGAACCCCACAUAAGGACAAAAAGUGGUUUAGUUUGCAGUUGUAAACUACAAAAUGCAUUGGUUUGUACUUCCCACCCUAUUGGUAAGAUUAGCUUCUAUAUUGCCACCGGUACAAUGGAAUUGGAUGGAAAUUCACCUAUGGAACUAAGGGGUGGUGGGGUUACUACGUACAAGAAGUACUAUGAACAACACCAUGGCAUUCAAUUGCAAUUUGAACAUCAACGACUACUUAAAGCAAGGCACAUUUUUCAAGUUAAAAAUCACUGUCAUGGACGCAAACAAGGGAAGGAAGGAGAAGUAAGCAAGGCCUUUGUUGAAUUACCUCCUGAACUGUGUUCGAUAGUCAUGAUGCCGAUAUCAGAUAGUCUCAUUUAUUCCUACUCAUUUAUUCCGUCAAUCAUGCAUCGGUUUGAAUCAUUGCUUGGAGCUUUCAACUUAAAAAAGAUGCAUUUGGAUCAUUGUGCACGGAAUGAAAUUCAAACAAUCAAGGUGUUGGAAGCAAUCACAACGAAAAGGUGCAAAGAGGCCUUUCAUUAUGAGUCUCUGGAGACUCUUGGUGAUUCUUUUUUAAAAUAUGCUGCGAGUCAACAGCUGUUUAAAACCUAUCAUAAUCACCAUGAAGGUCUCCUUAGUCUGAAGAGGGAAAAGAUCAUUUCUAAUGCUGCCCUCUGUAAGUUGGGGUGCAGUUCUGGACUUCCGGGUUUCAUACGGAAUGAGCCUUUUGAUCCUAAUACCUGGAUUAUUCCUGGUGAUAAGCCUAGAAGUUUUAAAUUGAAAGAGUUGGUUGCCAAGGGGAAAACAAUUUAUGUUAGUGGAAAAAGAAAAUUAAGACAGAAGAUUGUUGCUGAUGUUGUCGAGGCAUUAAUUGGUGCCUUCCUCAGCACUGGUGGUGAAAAGGCUGCAUUGUUGUUUAUGGAUUGGGUUGGUAUUAAAGUGAGUUUUAAUAAAAUACCGUAUGACAGACACUUUGACAUUCAACCGGAGAAGCUGGUAAAUGUCAGUUUUCUAGAAUCGCAAUUAAAUUACUCAUUCCAUGACCGUUCCCUUUUAGUGGAAGCUGUGACCCAUGGUUCAUACAUGCUGCCUGAAGUUCCUAGAUGUUAUCAGCGACUAGAAUUUCUAGGAGAUUCAGUAUUGGAUUAUCUGAUUACUUGGCAUUUGUACAAUAAAUACCCUGGCAUGACACCUGGGCAGUUAACUGACAUGAGGUCAGCUUCGGUGAAUAAUGAUUGUUAUGCAUGGUCCGCCAUUAAGCAUGGGUUGCACAAACAUGUACUCCAUGCCUCACAAGAACUGCAUAUGCAUGUUUCUGCUACACUCAACAAAUUUGAUAAGCUAUCUUCAUUGUCCACUUUUGGUUACGAGGCAGAGACAUCACUCCCUAAGGUACUUGGAGACAUUGUAGAGUCUCUGGCUGGAGCAAUUCUUGUUGAUUCAGGAUACAACAAGGAGGUUGUGUGGCAAAGCAUAAGGCCACUUUUGGAACCCCUUGUGACACCAGAAACAUUAAAGCUCCAUCCCAUCCGAGAGUUGAAUGAGCUAUGCCAAAAAAGAAGUUAUAAGAUUAUACUAGAGGACGUGUCCCGCAAAGAUGGUCUGACUUAUUAUAGAAUGGAGGUAGAAGCUGAUGGGAUCAUUCACAAGUACGAGUAUAAAGGUGAUGCUCUUAGGGACACAGCCAAGAAGAUAGUCUGCAAGGAAAUUUUGAAUUCCUUGAAGGAUGGCGGUGCUCAUAAGGACACAGCCAAGAAGAUAGUCUGCGAGGAAAAAUUAAAUUCCUUGAAGGAAGGAGAAUCAAAUGGUGCAUAAGUUUGAAAAACUUGUGUACUGUGCACAAGGGUUAACCUGUCAUUGUAGGGCUAUUUUGCAGGGGUAUAAAGUGGGGGUAGUUAAGGUUAUACUUUAUUUUGUAUUGGCUUCUUGGAAUAUAAAUACAUUAUAACCAUGUGGGGUUGUUGCAGGCAUAUGCUUCGCUAUUGAAUCUGAUGUAAAAGGGUUUUUGGUACCCCUGUACCAUUUAUUAGUUAUAUAUCAUUUAUUUCGCCGAUUCAAAAAAAUAAAACUGUCAUUGUAGGUUGUAAUAGCAAUACUUGUUGGUAUUUUUUUUGGUGUUUCUUGCUUUGUGCAAGGGUUAUCAGCUGAACCUGAGUGUCUACGUGAAUGGAGAUACUUGCUGCAGCAAAAGUGAAGGCUGAUUAGGUUGAAGAUUUGGAGAAAAACCUGGAGAUUAUCAGGAAGCUGAAAAGCUUACUGCUGUGAAGGGUUGUUUAGAAGAGAAAGCAAUGUCAUUUUUAGCAAAAAUAGCUAAAUUUGAGUCAGACUUUGAAUCCAAGAUGGCCAAAUCUGAUGAGUUUGUGCAUGGUCAGCUAGUGGACCCUUCGACACCAUCUACUACUUUAGCAAUUGUUGUCUUUUAUAUCUUGUUUUAA